AUGUGCCAGGAGCACAGAAAGGAGCAACUCAAUUUCUAUUGUGAACAAGACGGGAGCCUGGCCUGCACAGUCUGCACCAUUGCAGGAGACCACUCCGGACACAAGGUCAUCGCAGUGGAGACAGCACAACAGACAAAACAGGAAAUUAUCUGCCUGGAGAAGACAAAGAGAGAGAAGAACAAGGAGAAGGUGGCAUCAUGGACACAGCAGCUCAGGGGCACCUAUGCACGUACGCAGGAAUCUCUGCGUGGGACCAAGGAGCGGAUCCGCCGAGAGUUUGAGCGCAGGAGGGAGAAGUUGAGGGAGGAGGAGAGGGAGGCGCUGGAGCGCGUGGACGAGGAGGGCCGCUCCGUGCUGUCCCGGAUCCAGGCGGACAUCGCUCGCUACGAGAACAGAGCACGGGACCUGGAUCAGGAAAUCACCGAGCUACUCUCCGCAAUCAAUGUGCAGGACCCACUUUCCUUCCUCCAGCAUCCCAUGCAUGAGAAGCUCAGGAGCUCGGUUUCUGAAGAGACUCAGGAUGAUUCUGGUCCAGUCUCUUGUCACCUGGACUUGGCAAAGGUCAUCUCAGUUGGAGGCAUCAAAACGAAUCUCCUGGCUGUUUUGUAUGGACACGCACCAACUCUGGAUAUAAACUCAGUCAAUAACGAUGUCCAGGUAUCCUCGGAUCUCAGGACGGUCACGUGGACCAAUGUCUCCCAGGCGCGUCCCCAUCACCCACACCGGUUUGAUUCAUGGCCACAAGCCCUGUGCUCUGAGAGCUUCUCAUCGGGCCAGCACUACUGGGAGGUGGAUGUGGGGGGCUCGGGGUCUUGGCGGGUUGGAGUCGCCUACGAGACGACCCCACGGAAAGGGAGUAGUGAAGCCUGCUCCCUGGGAGGGAACAAAGAGUCUUGGAGUUUAAGAAAAAAUAACAACAGAUACUCAAUGCGCCAUGGAGGGGGAGGGACCUCACUGUUGGUGCCGGAGCCUCCCCAGAGAGUUGGGGUUCAUCUGGACUGGGACGCAGGGCUCCUGUCGUUUUACAGCGCCGACUCCAUGGCUCUGUUACACUCGUUUCACCAAAACUUUGCUCAGUCUAUCUAUCCUGGGCUGGCAGUUUGGGGUAAGGAUGGUAACGCAGUGACAAUUGUGGAUCUGAGCCAUGUGUCUUGACCGAGAGGAAUGUGGAUGUGGAAACUAUAAAAACCAGGACCGGUAUAAACCCUAUGAAUAAUCGCAGCCUUAGUUUACAGCUCAGGGAUAAAAACAGGCAGUGACCGUAACGACAAAUGGGUUUGACCUGAAUGCCCCUUUCACUUUUGAUUGCUGUAACAAAUUAAGUUGCUUUUGUAUUGGUAUCUGAUGUUUCUGUCUUUGUUUCUUGGGAAUCAAUUUGUUUCUUGGGUUUAUUGUGAUUAAAAUAAAUAUUGUCGUAAAAUCUUAGUCUUAGUCUGUUCCUGCUAUUGGUGUCAUCAUCCAUUUAUUAAUCUGAAUUCUCAAGUAUAGUAAGUGGAUGGUGUCAGCCCGAUCACUAAUCACUUAAUUGGGCUAAAUUCACUGACACUUUACUCAUGGUAUUGAGUGACAUUAAUUAACUUAUAAAAUGUCUGCCCUGAUACUCAUACUCUUAGUUCUUUCGGUAAAGUCACGUAGGUAAAAAAUGAAAUUAAAAUUAAUAAAAAGAAAACAAUAAAAAUCACGACGUUUCGGAGGCAACACAAGCUUCCGUCUUCAGGUGAAACCGUCACAGCAAAAUAUCUGUACCUUAUAUAGUGGUUAAGGGGGGAGGAGCCAGGAAGGGCAGCGGGGGAGGAGGAGUUGUGAAGUGGUCAAUUACUGCUUUUGUUAUACUGCUGGGUGGGUAAAUGAAUUAGAUACGAUUAAGCCGCUCAUUGUUAUGCUGUUUGUGCGCAAGUCACUGUGGGAUGAAUGGACUCGUGGUCAGGGACGUGUUGCGCAAGUAACUGUGGAUGUACAUAAUAGAAAAGAAGCGGAAAUGCCCAUGUUUAUACCAGUGUUGGCUGACAAUAAAGAGUACUGUUAAACGUUAGGGAUGUUAACACUCGGUGAAGUAAAAUAGUUCCUGUCAGAUAAGAUGGUCCAAAAGUGUGUAAUUAAAUCUUUUUUGCAUGGUUGAUAACAUCUUUCCAAUGAUUACUAAGUUUGUACCCAUCAUCACGGUUGAAAUUAUGUCUGUGUUUGUAUAUCUGAAUGGCUUCGUGUACAAACCUUUGAUGGUAGCCAGAAGGCUUGCAGAGCACCUUAGUCUCGGAGAAAACAAUCUCAUGAGAGCCCACCGAGUUGUAGCAAUAAUCGGCAACGGCGGACGACUCAAUUUUGCCGUGUUUCAAAUCUGACUUGUGCUCGCGGACACGAUCAGAGACAUGACGUUUCGUUUCCCCAAUGUAACAGUCACCACAGCUGCAACUCAAUUUAUAGACUCCAGGGUAUUGCAAGUCAGGGAUGACAUCCUUCACAGAUGGAAUUAGAUCACGGAGUUUAUGUACUGUACUGAAUCGGACUUGGAUCUUAUGUUUGUUUAGAAUUUUGGAGAUCUUUUUGGUCACGCCUGCUAUGUAUGGUAACGUGACAGUUUUGAUCGGAGUUUCAAGUGGCUGUUUCUGUAUGGUGGGAGAAACAGCUUGGCGGAUGGUGCGUUCAGAGUAUCCGUUCAUCCUGAGGGCCCGAUGUACAUGUCUCAAUUCACUGGCCAGGUGGUGUUGGUCAGAAAUGCCAUGAGCUCUGUGGUAUAGCGUUUUGAUGAGAGAAUUCUUUUGAGAUGGGUGGUGGUGAGAAUCCGGUUUCAAGUAGGAAUCUGUGUGGGUGGCUUUCCUGUAAACAGAAUGUCCCAAGGAUCCGUCAGGUCUCCUCUCAAACAGAAUAUCUAAGAAUGGUAGUUUGCCAUCUUUCUCCACUUCCAUGGUGAAUCUGAUGGAUGGAUGUCUGGAAUUGAUGUGGUCCAAGAAGUGGUUCAAUGCUGGGAGGCCAUCUGCUCUGACUAAGGAUUAAGAGGUAAAAUGACAUUUCCUUAUGGAUAUAUUUUCAUGACAAUAUCCAAUUCAGCGUGGAUUUGUUGAGCAUCUAAAUGUGUACGCAUCUGUGCAGAAACAGCCGACAUUUGUAUACAACGAGCAGGCUUAUGUGAAGAAGACAAGGAAGAUAUUGAGCCCUUGACUUGGAUUUUGGUAGGGAGUCAAUUGUAUGGAUGCAUGGGAAUGAGGGCAGCAGAGGAUAAUGACGCUCAGCAAAUUUGGAAUCUAACUGCGGGGGUAAAAAAAAAGAGUGUAAUCAUAUAUAAUAUUAAUAUUUUCAAUGAAAUGAAAAUAAUAUGUUUGUAUUUUACAGUUUUUAAAAUGCAUUCAAGAAUAAAGUGGCAAUCUCGCGUCUUCAGUUUUCACUAAACUGUUGAUAAUCCUGACUUAGUUGGUUGUCUGAAAAAAAAUGUUACUUAAAGGACCCAGUCAACAGACCUAGAAGUCAAGCAGGUUUGAGGCCAGUCAGUACUUAGAUGAGUGGCCAC